AUGCUUCGCCGCAGCAGCGUCGCUCUGUUCCGCCGCACGCCCGUCCGUCGUAGCGGUGGCGAGUUGUUCGUGCGCCCCAGUCUCGACCAGAUCCCGCCGGCCGAAGAGUGCAAGGGCUUCUUUGGCCACCUGAAUGGCCCACUCAAGUUCCUGCGUCUCAUCGACAUCAAGUGGAUGAUGAACCGCGCCGUGGCGAUGCGGCGCGAGUACCUCAUCGCAACGCCCACACUCUACGCGUUUCUGUGGAUGUUCUCGUGGAAGGGCGCGUCAAUGUACUUCUGGGGCGACCGCGCCCCGCCGCGCCGCAUGGACUGGAACUCAGAGAAGACGGGAUACCUGCCGCCUGGCUUCAAGCCGACUGCCGUGGCGAAGAGCAUUUAG